AUGGAUACCGGACAUAUAAAAUCUUUCGUCACUGAGACUGAGAUAGAAGAGAGACGGAAAAGACGGCAGGAAGAAUGGGAGAAAGUUCGUAAUUCUGAUGAACCAGAAAGUUGUCCUGAUGAGACUGAUCAGUGGGAUGGCAAGACGCUGUACCAGAGACUGCAAGAGGUAAAAGAAGCUAAAGAUCUUGAGUUUGAAGAACAGUUUAAGUUCAAAAAUAUGAUCUACAAAGGUCUUGAUGAUGAUGAAGCAAAGUUUCUAUCUAACGUGUCACAACAAAGAGCAGAAGUUGACAGACAAAGACGAGAAACAGAAAAGAAGUUCCUAGAAGAAUGCAGAGUAUCCUUGAAGUGUAGUAUAUAA